AUGUCCGGCGAUAAUUCGACGGCGGUUCGCCGAAAACGCAGCCGAGGCGCGGAGGCUUCGACUCGGAAGGUUGCCCUAGAGCGGCUGAAAUCGAUUCGGCAAGGAGGAGGUGGUGGGUUCGACAUUAGGCUCGAACAGCCGAUCUUCGACACAGUUGAUGACGACGAGUACGACGCACUUGUGUCCCGGCGGCGUGAGGAGGCUCGCGGGUUUGUAGUCGAAGACGGUGGAGAAAUUGGCGGCGAUCUGGGGUAUUUCGACGACGGUGAGGAGGAGGAUUGGUCGAAGCCCAGUGGAGCAGAGUCGACGGCGGAUGAAUCAGAUAGACUGAAAACUGAGAAGAAGAAGAAAGGAAAAGAAGAAGCUCAUGUUAAGAAGGCGAAUCCGUCGCUUAAGGCUGCGGCUACUAUUACAGGUGAAGGAAGACUCUCUUCCAUGUUCACAUGCUCCAGUUUUAACAAGGGCAAAGAGAGUGAUAAGGUCAAAUGUGAGGGUAUUCUUGACGAGGCAUUAGCCGAGGUUACUCCAGACGAUACUGAUAGAGAGAGGCAUAAGAGAAGGAAACAACCAGCUACAGUUCCGAUCAAGAACAAAAAUCUGGUCGAUUGUGUUUCCAUGGAGAAAGUGGAGGAAGAUGAUAUUGUUGUUAUAGAGGAGAAUGGAUCAAAGAAGAUUGAUGCGAAGGAGGAGGUGUUUACAUUGAAUGCAACAGUUGAUAUGAAAGAGAAGGAUCCGGCUUUAAGCGCCACUGCUGGCUGGAAGGAAGCCAUGUGCAAAGAUGUUCUUCCACUUGGUUCUGAUGGUGAAUUGCAGACGGAAUUUGAUUUGGAUGCUGAUGGAUCACUUCGUUUUUACAUUCUUGACGCUUACGAGGAAGCUUUUGGCGCUAGUAUGGGCACAAUACAUCUGUUUGGGAAGGUUAAAAUGGGAGAUACGUACAAGAGUUGCUGUGUUGUGGUUAAGAAUAUACAGAGAUGUGUUUAUGCUAUUCCAAAUGAUUCAGUAUUUCCUUGCCAUGAGCUGAUCAUGCUCGAGCAAGAAUUGAAAGAGUCUCGACUUUCUCCUGAAUCGUUCCGUGGGAAGUUACAUGAAAUGGCAUCAAAACUGAAGAAGGAAAUCUCUCAGCAAUUGUUACAACUCAAUGUUUCAAAGUAUAGCAUGGCAAUUGUCAAGAGAAACUAUGCAUUUGAGAGGACUGAUGUGCCUACUGGCGAACACUAUGUUUUGAAGAUAAAUUAUCCUUUUAAGGAUCCUCCACUUCCAGAAGACCUUAAAGGAGAGUCUUUUUGCGUUUUGUUCGGCUCUCACACCAGUGCUUUGGAGCUUUUUGUACUUAAAAGGAAGAUCAUGGGACCUUCUUGGCUCAAAAUCUCAAGAUUUUCUACCAUGUCGCCAUCUCAGCGAGUGAGCUGGUGCAAGUUUGAGGUUACUGUUGAAUCUCCCAAGGUUAUCACUGUUAUAAUCCCGGAGGAAAAAACGUUUCAUCCUCCUGCUGUCGUUACAGCCAUUAACUUAAAGACUAUAGUCAAUGAAAAGCAGAACAUCAGCGAAAUUGUUUCCGCCUCUGUUCUCUGCUUUCACAACACCAAGAUUGAUGUUCCAAUGCCAGAACCUGAAAGAAAGAGAUCUGGUGUUCUGAGUCAUUUCACUGUUGUUAGGAAUCCUGAAGGAACUAGCUACCCAAUUGGUUGGAAAAAAGAAGUGGCUGACAGAAACUCAAAGAACGGCUGCAUUGUUUUAAGUUUUGAAAACAGUGAAAGAGCAUUGUUGAACAGAUUGUUUCUUGAGUUGUACAAAUUGGACAGUGAUGUCCUUGUUGGACAUAACAUAUCAGGUCUUGAUCUUGAUGUCCUUCUCCAAAGAGCUCAGGCUUGCAAAGUAUUGAGUAGCAUGUGGUCCAAAAUCGGCCGUCUCAAACGCUCUUUCAUGCCUAAGCUUAAAGGGAACACUAAUUUUGGGUCCGGAGCUGCACCAGGGCUUAUGUCUUGCAUUGCUGGAAGACUCUUAUGUGAUACAUAUCUAUGUUCUCGUGAAUACUUGUUGAAGCAGGUGAUCAGUUAUUCGUUAACAGAACUUUCAAAGACACAGCUGAACCGGGACAGGAAAGAGAUAUCUCCUAAUGAUAUUCCUAAAAUGUUUCAGUCAUCUAAAACACUUGUGGAACUUAUUGAAUGUGGUGAGACAGAUGCAUGGUUAUCAAUGGAGCUCAUGUUUCAUCAAAGUUUUCUUCCUCUCACUCUCCAGCUUACUAACAUCAGUGGAAAUCUCUGGGGGAAAACUCUUCAGGGAGGCAAGGCCCAAAGAAAUGAAUACUACUUAUUACAUACAUUCCACUCGAGAAAGUACAUUCUCCCAGACAAAAUGUCGCAGCAUAUGAAGGAAAUAAAGUCAUCAAAAAAAAGAAUCAAUCAUGGUCCAGAAGACCACAACAAUGUAGAUGAAUUGGAUGUUGACUUGGCUUUGGAAAAUGAUGAUCCUUCUAAGGGAAACAAAACAAAGAAAGUUCCAGCUUACGCUGGUGGACUGGUCUUGGAGCCAAAGAAAGGCUUAUAUGACAAAUAUGUGUUGCUUCUUGAUUUCACUAGUCUUUACCCUUCUAUUAUACAGGAAUAUAAUAUCUGUUUCACCACUAUACCAAGAUCAGAAGACGGAGUUCCUCGUUUACCUUCUAGUCAGACACCUGGAGUGCUUCCCAAGUUGAUGGAACGUUUGGUCAGGAUAAGGAAAAGCGUCAAACUAAAGAUGAAGAAGGAAACAGGUCUUAAGUACUCGGAGCUUGACAUUCGUCAGGAGGCAUUAAAGCUCACAGCCAAUAGUAUGUAUGGAUGUCUGGCGUUUCCUCAUUCAAGAUUCUACGCGAUGCCUUUAGCAGAGCUCAUAGCACUUCAGGGAAGGGAGAUCUUACAAAGAACCGUAGAUCUUGUCCAGAAUCAUUUAAACCUAGAGGUGGUUUAUGGUGACACAGAUUCAAUCAUGAUUCACACUGGACUAGAUGAUAUCGAAGAGGUCAAAGCCAUUGGUGCAAAAGUCGUCCAAGAGGUCAAUAAGAAGUAUAGAUGUCUGGAAAUUAAACGUGAUGGCAUAUAUAAGAGAAUGCUUCUUCUUAGAAAAAAGAAGUAUGCUGCGGUCAAGUGUGAGUUAAAGGACGGGAAGAUUUGCGAGGAAAUUGAAAGAAAAGGUGUGGACAUGGUUCGUCGAGAUUGUAGCUUGCUCUCCAAGGAAAUUGGAGAUUCAUGCUUGGCGAAAAUCUUCUAUGGAGGGUCGUGUGAGGAUGUUGUUGAAGCCAUUCAUAACGAACUUAUGAAGAUAAAAGAGGAAAUGAGAAAUGGGCAAGUUGCACUUGACAAGUAUGUCAUCACCAAGGCAUUGACUAAGUCACCAGAAACUUAUCCAGAUUCCAAAAGCCAACCACACGUUCAGGUCGCACUUAGAAUGAGGAAACGUGGUUAUAAAGAAGGUUUCAAUGCAAAGGACACCGUACCGUAUAUAAUCUGCUAUGAACAGGGCAAUACUAGCUCAGCAAGCUCAGCAGGGAUAGCAGAACGUGCUAAGCAUCCUGAUGAGGUGAAAUCAGAGGACAGCAGAUGGUUGGUUGACAUAGAUUACUACUUGGCACAUCAGAUUCAUCCAGUGGUGUCUCGUUUAUGCGCAGAGAUUCAGGGCACAAGUCCUGAGAGGUUAGCUGAGUGCUUAGGACUUGACCUAUCAAAGUAUCGAAGCAGAUCAAACGAUACUACGAGUGGUGAUCCUUCUACAUCCCUCUUGUUUGCCACAAGCGAUGAAGAAAGAUAUAAAAGCUGUGAGCCGUUAGCAUUAUCAUGCCCUAGCUGCUCAGCCGCUUUCAACUGUCCAUCAAUUACAAGCUCAGUUUGUGCAUCGAUAAGUAAGAAAUCUGAAACAGAGGAAUCUGAUUCUACAUUCUGGCUUAAACUACAUUGCCCGAAGUGCGAGGCAGAAGGUAUCACAAGACGAAUAUCCCCUGCAAUGAUAGCUAACCAGGUGAAAAGGCAGAUUGAUGGGGUUGUGUCAAUGUACUACAAAGGCAUAAUGAUGUGUGACGAAGACUCUUGCAAGUACACGACUCGCAGCCCCAACUUUCGUCUGCUCGGUGACUGUGAACGUGGAACAGUUUGCCCAAAUUAUCCUAACUGUAAUGGAAGCCUCUUAAGAACGAUGGAUGUUGGUGUCAGAAUUGAAGUAGAGAAAGCAAUGACGAAGAUAAGACCUGCGGUUGAGUCAGCAGCAUCUGUGGCUCGAAGUAUACGUGACCGGUGUGCUUACGGAUGGCUCCAACUCACAGACAUAGCCAUUUGA